UAUCACGAAACACAAAACCCUCACAAACCCUAGCAACCAAACCAGCUAAGAACUCAUCAAUGGCGACAAAUCUAAGUUCAUUCGUCCUAUGUGUCUCCUUUGUUUUAUUCUUCUCACCUGCCCUUUCAAACAUUCUCCACAGCAGCAUAGAUUCAUGGUGCAAAAAAACCCCCUACCCUGAAACUUGCAAAUACACCAUGACCCAAGACGAAAAAUCUCUCUCUAUCCCCAAACAACUAUCCAACUUCAAGAAACUUGCAGUCCAAGUAACAUUAGAAAGAGCACUCAAAGCGCAAAGUCACAACAAGUGGCUAGGGCAAAAGUGUAGAAACAAGAAAGAAAGAGCUGCAUGGGCUGACUGCAUGAGCCUCUAUGAGGAAACCAUCAAACUCCUCAACCAAACCAUAGACCCUGCCACAAAAUCCACCGACUAUGACACGCAAACUUGGCUCAGCACUGCUCUCACGAACCUUGACACGUGUCGGGCUGGGUUCGUGGAGCUUGAGGUUUCGGACUUUGUGUUUCCGCUCAUGUCCAACAAUGUGUCCAAGCUGAUAAGUAACACUUUGUCACUUUGGAAUUCCUCAAAUGUUUCACCGGUGACAAAUAUGUACACAGAGGGUUAUCCUAGUUGGGUUUCCCCUGGGGAUAGGAAACUGUUGCAGUCGACGCCCACAGCGGACGUAGUGGUCGCUCAAGACGGGUCGGGGAACUAUAAGACGAUCAAAGCCGCUUUGGAUGCUGCGGCCGCAAGGGGUGGGAGUAAGAGGUUUGUGAUACAUGUGAAGAGAGGGGUUUAUAAGGAAAACCUUGAGAUUAAGUUGAAGAACAUUUAUCUGCUGGGUGAUGGACUGAGGUAUACUAUUAUCACCGGCAGCCGUAGUGUUGUUGGAGGUUCUACAACUUUCAAGUCUGCAACUGUUGCGGUAACUGGUGAAGGCUUCAUUGCUCGUGGCAUAACAUUCCGCAACACAGCUGGCCCAGAGAACCAUCAAGCAGUAGCCCUCAGAUCAGGCGCCGACCUCUCAGUUUUCUACCGCUGCGGAUUCGAAGGCUACCAAGAUACCCUCUACACCCACUCCCAACGACAGUUCUACAGAGAAUGCUAUGUCUACGGCACCGUUGAUUUUAUCUUUGGCAACGCUGCGGUUGUUUUCCAAAACUGCAUGAUCUACGCAAGAAAACCCAUGAGUGGUCAACAGAACACAAUCACAGCCCAAGGCCGAACGGACCCGAACCAGAACACGGGUAUUUCUAUCCACGACUCACGUGUCAUGGCCGCACUGGACCUUGAAUCGUCCGUCGGCUCAGUCAAGACAUUCUUGGGUAGACCAUGGAAGGAGUAUUCACGCACAGUUUUUAUGCAAUCUUUUUUAGACACCCUGGUUGACCCAGCUGGGUGGCUCCAGUGGAGCGGUGAUUUUGCUUUGAAGACAUUGUAUUAUGGAGAGUACAAGAACAUUGGACCGGGUGCACCUACUACUGGCAGGGUCAAGUGGGGUGGCUAUCGAAUUAUAACUAGUUCAUCGGAAGCAUCGAAGUUUACUGUGGAUAAUUUCAUUGCUGGAAGCUCAUGGUUGCCUGCUACAAAUGUACCAUUCACGGCUGGCCUUUGAUCAUACCAUUGCAUGAACUGUGCCAUUGUAUAAUUAUGUCUCUAAGUUACUUAUUCGACAAUAAAUUUUUUUUUAAUUAUUG